CAGGCAACAGCCGAGUCAGGGCCGUCCGGGGGCGCCGACGACGAUGUCCACAGCCCCCGCCGCGCCCCGCUGGGCCUGCUGAGCCGCCCCCCCCCGGCCGGAACCGCGCCGAACCGGGCCGUGCCCGGGCGGGGCCGCGCUGCCUGCAUGACCCUCCGGCGGCGAGGGGAGAAGGCGACCAUCAGUAUUCAGGAGCAUAUGGCCAUCGACGUGUGUCCUGGCCCUAUCAGGCCCAUCAAGCAGAUCUCCGACUACUUCCCCCGCUUCCCGCGGGGCCUGCCCCCGCCCGCGGGACCACGCGCCGCUGCGCCCCCGGAGCCCACCGCGCACCCGGCCGCAACCAGCGCGAGCCGCCGCAGCCCUUCCGACGGCGCCCGUAACGACGACGAGGAUGUCGACCAGCUCUUCGGAGCCUACGGUGUCAGCCCGGGUCCCAGCCCCGGCCCCAGCCCCGCGCGACCGCCCGCCAAACCGCCCGAGGAUGAGCCGGACGCCGACGGGUACGAGUCCGACGAUUGCACUGCCCUGGGCACACUGGACUUCAGCCUGCUCUAUGACCAGGAGAACAAUGCCCUCCACUGUACCAUCAGUAAGGCCAAGGGCCUGAAGCCAAUGGACCACAAUGGGCUGGCAGACCCCUACGUCAAGCUGCACCUGCUGCCAGGAGCCAGUAAGGCAAAUAAGCUUAGAACAAAAACUCUCCGGAACACCCUGAACCCCACAUGGAAUGAGACCCUCACUUAUUACGGGAUCACGGAUGAAGAUAUGAUCCGCAAAACCCUGCGGAUCUCUGUGUGUGAUGAGGACAAAUUCCGUCACAAUGAGUUCAUCGGGGAGACGCGCGUGCCCUUGAAGAAGUUGAAACCCAACCACACCAAGACAUUCAGCAUCUGCCUGGAGAAGCAGCUACCGGUAGACAAGACAGAGGACAAGUCUCUGGAGGAGCGGGGCCGGAUCCUCAUCUCCCUGAAGUACAGUUCCCAAAAGCAGGGCCUACUGGUGGGCAUCGUGCGGUGUGCACACCUGGCCGCCAUGGAUGCCAACGGCUACUCAGACCCCUACGUGAAAACAUACCUGAAGCCAGAUGUAGACAAGAAGUCCAAACAUAAGACAGCAGUAAAGAAGAAGACACUGAACCCAGAGUUUAACGAGGAGUUCUGCUAUGAGAUUAAGCAUGGGGACUUGGCCAAGAAGACUCUGGAAGUUACUGUUUGGGAUUACGACAUUGGAAAAUCCAACGACUUCAUUGGCGGCGUGGUUCUGGGCAUCAACGCCAAGGGCGAGCGUCUGAAGCACUGGUUCGACUGCCUGAAGAACAAGGACAAACGGAUUGAGCGCUGGCACACGCUGACCAACGAGCUCCCAGGGACCAUGCUCAGCGACUGA